AUGUCUCGCCCUGCACAAAGAAGACCAGGAUAUCCUAAAAUAAACAAAGAUCUCUUCGUCCUUACCUAUGGAGCUCUGGUGGCCCAGCUGUGUAAGGAUUAUGAAAAGGAUGAAGACGUGAACAAAUAUUUAGAUAACAUGGGAUACAGCAUUGGAACUCGGCUGGUGGAAGACUUUUUGGCACGCUCCUGCGUGAGAAGAUGCCAUAGUUACUCAGAAAUUACAGGCAUCAUUGCACAGGUGGCUUUCAAGAUGUACUUGGGAAUUACACCAAGGGUGACCUGUAACAAUUCCAGCAGAAAUGAAUUUUCCCUGAUUCUCGAGAAGAAUCCUCUGGUGGAGUUUGUGGAAGAGCUCCCUCCUGGACGCUCAGCUCUCUGCUACUGUAACUUACUCUGUGGGAUUAUCAGAGGUGCCCUGGAAAUGGUUCAUUUGGAUGCUGAUGUUACAUUCUUGCAAGACAGACUGAAAGGAGACAGUGUGACAGAAAUAGGAAUAACAUUUCUGAAAAAGCCAGAGGAGAAAAAAUACAGGCGGAAAAAAUGA